CAUUUCACAAAAUGAACUAAUUUGCUCUUGAAAUUCACAUUGAUAUUAUGAUAUCUGGGUUAGGGUUCUGCAAAUUCUUCAGAUUAAGAAGAAAGCGAUCGACGUCGUCGUCGACGAAGAAGGUGACGCUAAUGUGUUCCGAUGGGGAGCAGUUCGUGGUCGAUGCCUGGGUGAUUCUUCUUCACUCGCAGACCAUAAAACACCUGGUGGAUGUUAUUGGGUUCGAUUCUGUGAUACCAAUUCCGAAUGUGAAGAGCAACAUUAUGACCAUGGUCAUUGACUUCUGCAACAAACGUGCACAAGCCAAAGCCGCUAUCGCCGCUGCCGAAGACAGAGCCAAAUUCCAAGCCGCUAUCCCCGCUGCCAAAGCCAAGGCCAAAGCCGAAGUCAGAGAUAGAGCUAGAUCCAAAGACAAAGCUAAAGCCGAAGGCAAAUCUGAACCCAAACGUAAACGUCCCAGAGCCAAACCCGAACCCAAAACCGUCGAUGCCAUCAAUCCCGAAGUCAAAUCCGUAAUGGAAAACCCUUGGAGUUGGGAAGCUGAAUUUAUGAAAGUCGUAGAAGAUAAAAAUCUUUUGGGUCUUAUGUUCGCUGCAGACUAUCUGAGCAUUGAGGUGCUCCUUGAUCUAAGUUGCCAAGCUAUAGCAGACAAGAUUGUGAUGGGGACUCCAGAACAGGCUCCUAAGCUUUUGAAGCUUGACAAUGACUGGGAAAAAUAAAUCAAGUGAGGAAAAUAUCAAUGAAAAUAGAUAAGGUGGGCUUAUAUAUAUAAUUAUACUAUUAAUGUAACAAGAAAAUUAUAUUACCUAAAUAUUUUGUUAGAAAGAAGAGGAAAUUAGUAAUAUCUUUCUUGAUAGGAAUGAGAAAUGGACAUUUGAGUAUAGAGUAGAGCACAAGCUGUUUGGGCGACGAAGUUGGAGCCUUGGAGGAGUACUAUAUGCUUUCUAGUGAAGAAGAGUUUAGUAGUUUUGAUUUCUUAGCUUGAUCUUUGAUUUGAGUUGAGCUUAGAAUAUUACUAAGAUUUCAGAGGACUAUUUUGUGGCAUCAAAUAUUAUCCUAUACUUUUAGUUGCGUUACAAUAUUAUGGCUCACGAAUUGCUUGAAUGAUAUCUUUAAUGAGA